AAACUUGAAACCAAAUAAUCUCAGAAUUUCUGUUGCACAGAUUCAGGUCCCCGUGAUUUGACGUUGACAUAUUUGUUUGGAGGUCCCUAUAGCAACCAUCUAAAACGUUCGUACGCCACAGGACCAUGGACGAAUUUCAAUUAUCUGAAGAGACUGCAUUUGUCGUUGAUGAUAUAACUACAAUCAUAAAAGAUACUGUGGAGACAACUAUUGGAAGCAGUGCCUAUCAACAAAAUCGAAUUAACCAAUGGACAUCCAGUGUGGUGGAAACAAGUCUGAAUCAACUGUCCAAACUAGGAAAACCCUUUAAAUACAUAGUGACUUGCAUCAUAUUGCAGAAAAAUGGAGCAGGCCUGCACACUGCCAGCUCUUGCUUCUGGGACAACACUAUGGACAGAAGCUGUACGGUGAGAUGGGAGAACAAAACCACGUACUGUAUUGUCUGUGUCUUUGGGUUGGCUGUCUGACUUGAACAACCACCAUCUUCCCCUGUUUGGUAAUCAGACAUUUUCCCAACCCCAGUGAAACCAGUCUAAUAAAUGUAGCCCUUGGUUUUGAACACAACUGGUCAA